AUGCAACUAUUACGACGACAAAUUGCAAAUGAAUUAACAGCAUCAGCAAAAUAUGAUUCAAAAUAUCUGUUUUACGCGUUGAAAACAUUCAAUGAUGCCCUACUUCAAGACAUUCAACACUUAUAUUGUGGUGAGAAUGGUCUAACGUAUCCUGGCGAGAUGAACGAAUUACUAUAUGAAUUAAGUCCACUAUUAGAAACAACGGGCAUUAAUGAUAUUUUGCAACGUGUUUAUGUUUCGGCUCAAAAUCAUUCACUUCUAAUCCCAUUGCUUGUUCUAUUUACCAUAAGUCAAGUACCACGUCUUGUUACGUUGAAAUAUUUGAAAAGUCAAACAGCAUCGAGUGGUAGUUCAUCAAGUGGAAAAAAAGAUAUGGAUAGUUCAGCAUUUGUCAUUGGACUGUAUACAAUGACAAAACAAUAUCAUUCGGAUUUAAUUGAAGAUUAUCUAACAUGUUUAUGUCAAUAUAUUAAAUCUUAUGUAGAAAGUGCAGCAUCACAAAAACAAGCUGAUUUUCCAGUGGAAGCCGUGAAUAUGCUCGAUUUUCUCAUCAUGUUUGUACAUCAUGGUGAUUUAUCGAUUAAAGUACUUGAUCAACGUCUUCCUGGCUACAUAUGCGACGAAUUUCGUGCUAAUUAA